UACAGCAUUUUGUGUGAGAAAUACUUUUUAACUUUUUUGAGGGACAGUGGAUCACAGUACAGCUGCAUGCAGUGGCUAUAGCAACUUGCAGCGAUGUCAUCUCAACUCUCUCACAACAAAGAUCAGCCACGCAUUAGAAAGUCCCUCUCUGACUCUUCUCCAACUUCAUCCACUGCCACCACCAAGAGCCUGAGGCAUGAGCGACUGUCUAGAUUGAGCUCGUCUGGUUCGUCUGACGUCUCCAACGACACGACAACAAACCAUGCUGAGUCUUACUUUUCACGAAGGGAGAACAGACUGUCCGCAAGGAAAAAGGCAGAAGAAGAGUCAGCAAACAAUGACUAUAAAAAGAUGUAUGAAAAGGCGCUGGCCACCAAUCAAAGGCUCAAGUCCAGGCUGGAAACAAGUAAACAGGAACUCGUCAUGAUUCAGGAGCAGCUGCAGAGAGCACAGCAGCAGAAGGGACGAAAGGGUGAAUGUGGGUCCAACAUGCUCGAAACAGAAAAAAAGGAAAGUUGGAGUCUUAAAAAGAAGAUAUCAGAUAUGGAAGAACAGGUGAAGGUUAAAGCAGAUCUUAAGAUGGAGAACCAGAGACUGAAGGAUGAGAAUGGAGCUUUAAUCCGGGUCAUCACUAAACUGUCCAAGUGAGACAGGAGCAGGAAGGAC